AUGGCGCGGGAGCUGAGCCAGGAGGCUGUGCUGGACUUCCUCUGGGCGGCCGGGGGGCGAGCCCCCAACACGGCGCUGCUCCGCCACUUCCAGCGCUUCCUCCGCGACCCGGCGCUGACGGAGCAGCAGCGGCGGGAGCGCCGCGAGUACUUCAAGAGCCUCGUCAACUCCCUGGCCACCGUCCACCCCGCCGCCGCCCCCGGCGCCUCCAAGGACAUCGUCCUCCGCCGCAGGUACCGCGACCUCCUCGAUGAGGAGCUGCCGCCGCCGGAGGAGCAGCGGGAGCAGGAGGAGGAGGAAAAGAAGGAGCCGCAGCCGCCGCCGCCGCCCCGACGCGACCCCGACGGGCGGCUCGGCCCCCGCGGGGAGGCGGCGGAGCAGGGGCGGCCCGGCGGGGCGGGGGGCUGCUCUGCCCGGGGCCGCGGCGGGCUGUGCUGCGAGUGCCGCCGGGCGCGCCGCGCUGCCGCCGCCGCCGCUGCCGUGCCUCCGCCCCCGUACCGGAGCCCGCACGUGCCGCCUCCCUACAGGUUUCCUCAGCCCCCCGAGAUGCCGCCUCCCUACAGGCUGCCUCAGCCCCGAUCUCCGCCGCAGCCCGCGGCCGGGAUGCCCUUGCUGAAGGCGCCAAGACCCUCGGCAAGCCCGGGGGGGCGACCCCCCGGCGGACCCACCCAGUCCCCGCCGCUGCCGUCGGGCCCCAGGGCGCUGUCCGCCCGCGACCUGCCCCCAUCCCGAUCCUUGCCGGUGCUGUCCGCCCGGGAGGUGCUGCCCCUGUCCCGGUCCCUGCAGGCACUCCCUGCCAGCCCCUCCUCAUCGCCACUGCUUUUAUCGGGCCCCGAGGCGCUCGCUUCCACCAGGCUGCCCCCAUCGCAGUCCAGGUCCCUGCAGCAGCUCCCCACCAGGCCAUCCCCAGACUUGCCGAGGGGAUCCAGGGGGCUGGCCCCCAAGGGACCAACCCAGCCUCAAGUCCUGCAACUGUACCCGUCUCAAAGCCUGACACUGCCGUCAGGUCCUGCGAUCCUGCCCCAAUCCCUGCCACAGUCCGCCACUCUCCCAUCCGCACCCCGCUCCCUGCAGCCACCUCUCGCCAGGUCACCCCCGUGCCAGUCCCUGCAGCCAGCACAGGGCCCCGCAGUGCCCCAAGCCCCAGAGAGCCAGCCCCCAGCCCCGCUGCCCGUUUUCCGGAGCAUCAGGUGCCAGCUCGCUCUGUCGGAGGCGCAGGGCCCGCUGCCCUCGCUGCACGAUGAGUGCGGGCGGCAGCCCCGCUCCCUGCUCGCCAAGAGCUCCCCCAGGAACGCCGCAAGCCGGGGGCCCCUGGUGCCGCUGGGACAGCGGGAGCACGCCUGGCUGGUGGCAAUGUCCGCGGGCUGCUGGGCUCAGGUGCGGGGGCUCUUUCUGGAAGAGCCCGAGCUGGCCCUGCAGAGGGACUUCAUCUCGGGCUUCACGGUGCUUCACUGGCUGGCCAAGCACGGCGACGGGCCGGGCCUGCAGGAGCUGGCGGCGGCGGCGCGGCAGGCCGGGCUGGCGCUGGACGUGGACGCCCGCUCGGGCUGCGGGUACACGCCGCUGCACCUGGCCGCCAUACACGGCCACCAGCUUGUCAUCAAGGUGCUGGUGCUGCAGCUGGGCUGCCAGGUGCAGGUGCGGGACGGCAGCGGGCGCCGGCCCUGGGAGUACCUGGGCAGCUCCACCUCGGGGGAGAUCUGGCAGCUCCUGGAGGCCCCCCGUGGCACGAUCAUGUUCCCCACGCAGCCCCUGGCCCGCAGCGUCUCCUCCGUCAGCAAGGUCUCGCCGUCCGCCGGCAGGGCAGCGCUGCCUGCCUGCCUCAGGGUGCCGCUCGGCCGUGGGGCAGCGUCCCACCCAUCCGACAGCGACAGUGACUGA